AUGGGUGAGAAAGAAGACAAGGAAAAGGCCGAGAAAUUGGCAGCGGCGAAAAAGAGGGUCGCCCAGCUGCAGAAGAAGAAGAAAGCCGCCGCCGGGGCCUCGGGAGAGAAAUCCUCUGCAGCUUCCAAAGACGCGUCUAAAAAGGGGGAUGAGCGGGCAGGGGAUGGGCCUGAUGGAGACGCCGAAGCCGCCGACAGCCAGGAGAAGGCUACAACCAAAGGAGACGAUGCCUCCGACGCCGAAGCGGCUCAGCCCGCCAUUGAAGAAACACAGGGUGAUAAAGUCGUGGGCAACACUGCAGACGUCGGCCUCCAUGCGGACGAAGCAGCCUUCAACGCUGCGAUCCAGGCGGCAAGCGCCGAUUCUCCCACGCCUGGAACGGUCCUCUCUCCAGCGACAGUCUCUCCUCCCUCUGCCGAUCUAGACCAACCCUCGCACGCCAAGGGAACCAGUCCUCGUCACGCUUCCCGCCAGCCGAGCAUCAGCCUCCAAAGCAAAAUCCGCAGCACCAGUUUUCGGGACGGUGGGCCAUUAAGCCCAGCUGCCAUGAGUGCGAAUUCCGUCUUGAGAGUUGAAGAGCUGGAGAGGGAGAACAAAAGACUAGCCAAGGAGGCAGAGGUCCACGAGAGGAGAUGGCGCAAGCUGGAAGAAGAGCUAGAGGAGGUCCGGGAGGAGAAUGCCGAGAAACAAGCAAGUGGGGAAGCUGAGGAGGAGAUUCGGCGGCUGAGAGCCGAAAUCGAUGCGCUCAGAAGACGGGCCAGCUCAACGACCACUACAAGUCGGAGAGAAAGUGCUGCGGGCGAGGAUACGGCCAUGUUGAAGGCCGAACUGGAGAGGAAAGACUCCACAAUUGCGGACAUGCAGCUCGAGAUUUCGAGGCUCCGAGGUCAAUUAUCGAGUCAGACUCAAGGGUGCGAGGCUCACGGAGAGCAAAUUGCUGGCCUGCAAUCGUUAUUGUCGUCGACAGAAGCCAAGGUGAAGGCCCUGGAGAGUGACUUGACGGAUGCGAAGAAGGCGCUGUCCAAGGCUAGUGAGAAAGCCGUGCUUGACUCGACGGAGCGCACAAGCAAGGAGAUGAAGAUUCGGACUUUGGAGAGGGAAUUGCAAGAGACUGCCGCGCACAGGGACGAGGUCGUGAAGAAAGCCGAGCAGCUGGAGAAGAAAAUCGAAGUGAUGAACAAACUCCACCGGGAGGCUGAAGCACGCCACGCCACCAAGUUGGCCGCCGCCGAGGCCACCGCCCGAGAAAUCCCAGCCCUGCGCAUGAGGAUUGAGAAAGCCGAGAGUGAAAAUAGCCAAUUACGAGAAAAGCAUAAGCGAGUGAUGAGCGGCGAUGGAGGAGGCGAGGUAUUGGAUGAGCUGGAAGAUGAAGAGAGGCAGAAGCUCGAAAGAAGAAUUCGGGAGUUGGAAGGGCAAGUCUUUGAUCUCCAGCGCGGAGUGUGGAGAGACAAGCGGGUUCAGAUGCAGCCUCGAGGCGAUGAUGUCGGAUCGCGGACUUCUCUGGAUCCAGGCGCCGAAGACUUUGAUGAGGUGGAUCUGUCAGGCCCCGGGAAUGCGAGCAGUCGACGGCGGAGUUUUGCGAGCCAGCAGCAACAGCCUCGUCACUCCAACUUUGCACAAGUGUUGAAUUCGGGACUCGCAGCGUUCCGCGCAAACACCACCUCUCCCGGUAGCCAGCAGAACCGGCCCCGCAACGACUCUUUGCUACAGGAGUUCGACGACGACGAUGACGACGCCUUUGACGAGCACGCUUUUGCGCGUGCACAAAAGGAGGAAGAGGCCAGGAAGAUGGUGGAACAUGUGAGAGAAGUCAAAAGAGGGUUGAAGCAGUGGGUAGGUUGGCGACUGGAUCUGGUCGAGGCGAGACGAGCGGGUGUCGGUGUUGGAUAUGGUGAGAUUUUUGAACUAUGA